AUGGGCAACGCAAUGUCACAAAGUGUAGCACCAGAGUGUACAGAACUGAAAAACAAAUACGAUUCCUGCUUUAACAGUUGGUACACGGAUAAAUUCUUGCAAGGAAAGAGCCUCCAGAACGAAUGUGAGGGAUUAUGGGAUGACUACAGGGAAUGUCUGGAAGCCUAUUUGAUUAAAAAAGGAAUCAAACCUAUGGUGGAUGAGACUGCAAAGGAUGCUCCAUUUGAAGAAAAAGGAGAGCUUCAAUCAAAAGAGAAGAAAUGA